AGGGGGAGUCCGUGGGCCCUCUUUGAGUUGCCUCUCCAGAAGCAUGAGGCCUGGGUGUCCCAUGUUCGGCAAGUCCUGCACCAGUGGGCUCUGUGGAAACACUAAAAUCUGGGCCCCAGCCCCUUGCUCACUGUGCACUGUUGGGGUGUAAGGAUCUACGCUCCCUAACACCUGUGAGCACCAUGGGAUACUAGGUGCAAUUGGUUAUUGAAGCUUUAUCUUCUAAAGAGAUCCCGUGACCUCUGGUCCUUGAGUGGUCCUUGAUGAGUUUUCCUUCUUUUGUUUAUGGAGGAUUCCUACCUAUGAGGGCUGGUAUGAAAAAGUAGGGGGCUGUGUCUGCAGGGUUGAGCAAUAUCCUUGGACCUAAUUAUAAAGACAUUCUCAUUCCUGUCAUCUUAUUCCAUUCUUACCACAGUGCUCAGAAGCAGGGAAGGUGGCAGUUUGGCAGGAUAGAUGUCAUCUCCAUGUUACUAAUAAGGAAACUGAGGCCCAGGGAAGUUGAGUAACUUGACCAAUGUCACACAGCUAGUAAGUGGUAGAGCUGAGACCAGAAGCCCGGUUUCCCAGCUCUCCAUGCAUUGUUCUUUUCUGUCUCUUCCCUGUACAGCAGUCCCAUCACCUCCCCCUUCCCGCCCAUGAGGACAGGUUCCCGUGAACCCUGACUAGCCCCCUGCAGCCCCUACCCUGAGCAGCUUUAGCUGCUAGUAGGGAAGCUGAGGCUGUUUCCCAGAGCCUGGGUGUGGGCCAGGGGUGGGGCUGGGACAUUGUUCUCAGAGGUUUAACAAAUAGGUUUGGGGUGCUUCAGAGCAGGGCUGAGAAUGAUCUGCCUCUGCACUCUCCAAAUCCUGACUCCCAUGAGUGACCAAAAGGUCACAUGGCUGAACCAAUGGAAACUGAGGCAUCUGGGCUUCCUGCCCAGUGUGCCCUGUGCCUAAGCAACCUCUUUUGGUCCUGAGACCAGCUCUGGGCAAAAUGAUGAGGCAGUUAUUUCCUUAGCCCUCUCAUUUCCUCAUAAUUUUAAGAAGAAACUAAGAUUUUUAAAAAAAUGUGUCUAGACGGGCAAGCCCUCCAGUUGCUUCCAUGCACCAGCCACAGAUUGAUAUCCCUCAUCUGGCCCUUCCCUCCUUUUGACCUUGCCAGCCUCAUUCUGCUCUACUGGCCAUUUUGCCAUUUCUUUCAUCUGCUGUCCCUUUCUCUGCCCCCUGCCCUCCCCUCGAUGACUUCUGUUUUCCAUUGAAUCCCUCUCCCCUUCUCUAGAGGACAGAAAGCAAUUAAGGGUAGGCAGAAAGGAAAGAAAGCAAGGGGGAUGGAGAGAGGGGGAGUUCUACCUUUCCCAAGUAAGGAUUUGUUAUCAUCUCCCCUAAUUAUGUAUAGCAUUUCUUAUUUUUUCAAAACAGCUUCCUUUUAAUUAUUUUUAAUAAUCUCACUUAACAUUCGUAAUAACCCUAUAAGUCCUUGGGAAUAGAUAUUACUAUCCUUCCCUUAUAGAUGAGGAGUCAGAGACCUUAAAGAUUAAGUGACUUGACAAAAUUGCAAAGAGAGCUACCGACGGCGGCAGAACUAGAAUACCAGUGUCUCUCCAGCCCAAGGGCCUGGCUGGCCUCUUCUGUGCUGAGCAGUUGUGGGACAUGGGUUCCUAGUCACUUAUAAGCUGUGUGACCUUGGGCAGGCUGCCUACCCGCUCUUGGCCUUGCUUUUCUCAUCUGUAAACAGGGAUGAUAAGAAUACACAGACUUGUGUGAAGCUCAGCUGAGAUGGUAUCUGUGAGAGGCAAAUGUAAGAUGAUUUUUGUGUUAGGCAUCAGUGUUCAACCAGCUACUGUAAUUAAUUGAGGGGAAGGUUCGUCGUUGCCAGUUUCUUCUCCUGCAAGAGAUCACUUCCUGUGAGUGGCUCUGAAAGGCAUAUGCUGGAGUGCGCCACCAAAUGUCUCUGAUUGAUGGCGAGAAGGACUGAGGCAGAGGGCUAGAGCCCACGGCUUCCCUCUCCCAGGAAAGAACUUGCUGUGUGACCCUGGGUGAGUCACUAGAUGUCUCUGGGCCCCAGUUGCCUCACCCAUGUUGUUAGAGAAACAAUUGAAGCUUUGUAAACCAUGGGUACCAUCCAGGCAGUUGCUGUGAUCAGGACCUGGCAGCGGGCAGGAGCUGCUCCCCCUUCUGACGGGAAGCAUCCAGAGGGACAGCCGGGCCCAGAACACAGUCCUGGGUGUCGUGGAGGGAGGGUUAAAUAUGCCAUCCCUUCACUGUCUCCACUAAGGACACUAAGGAGAUGGAGUUGGGAGGGACUUGGGCUCUGUGGGGGUUAGAGGGGGCGGCAAUGAGCAAGGUGCUGGGUAAGGGAUUGGCAUGUCCUCACCUAUGAGGCAGGUCUGCCAGCAUCGCAGGCAAGGCCCUCCUUGGUGGCUUCAUCCUUCCCCUCCACUUGCAUGUGUCACCAGGUCACUCCAUGUAGGCUCUGCCCUCUGUUCCUUGGAUUGUGAGUGUAUAUACACAUACUUUUAUAUCACAGAGCUUUUCCUCCCAAAGACUAGAAGGCCUCUGCUUUCCCUUUGCCUUUUAGAAUCCUGCUCAUCCUUCAAGGCUUAGCUCAAAUGCCACCUCUUCCAUGAGGCCAGUCUUGAUUUUUCCCUUUCCCCCCAACUCACAUCAAUUCCAUUUUUUGCAUUCUCACAGCACAUUUUUUGUACUUUUGUUAUAACCCUAAUUUUAUUUUUCUUCAUAUAUUUUUUUGUUUGUCUAUCUUACUUAGACUAUGACCUUCUUGAAUAUAAAAAACUGUGUCUUCCUCAAUUUUUAUCCAGUGUUUGGUACAGAGCUUGGUAUAUAGUAGAUAUCAAUAAGCAUUUAUCAAGUAGAAUUAAUAGUAAAAUGUCACUUUUUAAUGCAUUCUAUGUGCCAAGCACUGUGUCAUGUGUUUUACAUAUAUUAUCUCAUUGAAUCUUUACAACAACCCUAUGAGAUAGGUACUAUCAUCCUCAUUUUACAGAUGAGGGACCUGGAGCUCAGAGAGGUUAAGCAACUUGCCCGAGGUCACACAGCUGGUUAUAAGACCCUUCUCAAGUGCCUCUCAGGUAAAUUCUGCCGCCGGGAGCUGAUUGGCAUCAUGGGCCCCUCAGGGGCUGGCAAGUCUACAUUCAUGAACAUCUUGGCAGGAUACAGGGAGUCUGGAAUGAAGGGGCAGAUCCUGGUUAAUGGGAGGCCACGAGAGCUGAGGACCUUCCGCAAGAUGUCCUGCUACAUCAUGCAAGAUGACAUGCUGCUGCCGCACCUCACAGUGUUGGAAGCCAUGAUGGUCUCUGCUAACCUGAAGCUGAGUGAGAAGCAGGAGGUGAAGAAGGAGCUGGUGACAGAGAUCCUGACGGCACUGGGCCUGAUGUCAUGCUCCCAUACGAGGACAGCCCUUCUCUCUGGCGGGCAGAGGAAGCGUCUGGCCAUCGCCCUGGAGCUGGUCAACAACCCACCUGUCAUGUUCUUUGAUGAGCCCACCAGUGGUCUGGAUAGUGCCUCUUGUUUCCAAGUGGUGUCCCUCAUGAAGUCCCUGGCACAGGGGGGCCGUACCAUCAUCUGCACCAUCCACCAGCCCAGUGCCAAGCUCUUUGAGAUGUUUGACAAGCUCUACAUCCUGAGCCAGGGUCAGUGCAUCUUCAAAGGCGUGGUCACCAACCUGAUCCCCUAUCUAAAGGGACUCGGCUUGCAUUGCCCCACCUACCACAACCCGGCUGACUUCAUCAUCGAGGUGGCCUCUGGCGAGUAUGGAGACCUGAACCCCAUGUUGUUCAGGGCUGUGCAGAAUGGGCUGUGCGCCAUGGCUGAGAAGAAGAGCAGCCCUGAGAAGAACGAGGUCCCUGCCCCCUGCCCCCCUUGUCCUCCAGAAGUGGAUCCCAUUGAAAGCCACACCUUUGCCACCAGCACCCUCACACAGUUCUGCAUCCUCUUCAAGAGGACCUUCCUGUCCAUCCUCAGGGACACGGUCCUGACUCACCUACGGUUCAUGUCCCACGUGGUUAUUGGCGUGCUCAUCGGCCUCCUCUACCUGCAUAUUGGCGACGAUGCCAGCAAGGUCUUCAACAACACCGGCUGCCUCUUCUUCUCCAUGCUGUUCCUCAUGUUCGCCGCCCUCAUGCCAACUGUGCUCACCUUCCCCUUAGAGAUGGCGGUCUUCAUGAGGGAGCACCUCAACUACUGGUACAGCCUCAAAGCAUAUUACCUGGCCAAGACCAUGGCUGACGUGCCCUUUCAGGUGGUGUGUCCGGUGGUGUACUGCAGCAUUGUGUACUGGAUGACGGGCCAGCCCGCUGAGACCAGCCGCUUCCUGCUCUUCUCAGCCCUGGCCACCGCCACCGCCUUGGUGGCCCAAUCUUUGGGGCUGCUGAUCGGAGCUGCUUCCAACUCCCUACAGGUGGCCACUUUUGUGGGCCCAGUUACCGCCAUCCCUGUCCUCUUGUUCUCCGGCUUCUUUGUCAGCUUCAAGACCAUCCCCACUUACCUGCAAUGGAGCUCCUAUCUCUCCUAUGUCAGGUAUGGCUUUGAGGGUGUGAUCCUGACGAUCUAUGGCAUGGAGCGAGGAGACCUGACAUGUUUAGAGGAACGCUGCCCGUUCCGGGAGCCACAGAGCAUCCUCCGAGCGCUGGAUGUGGAGGAUGCCAAGCUCUACAUGGACUUCCUGGUCUUGGGCAUCUUCUUCCUAGCCCUGCGGCUGCUGGCCUACCUUGUGCUCCGUUACCGGGUCAAGUCAGAGAGAUAGAGGCUUGCCCCAGCCUGUACCCCAGCCCCUGCAUCAGGAAACCGCCAGCCCCAGCCCUUUGGGACUGUUUUAACCUUAUAGACUUGGGCACUGGUUCCUGGCGGGGCUACCCUCUCCUUCCUUGGCUCCUCCACAGGCUGGCUGUCGGACUGCGCUCCCAGCCUGGGCUCUGGGAGUGGGGGCUCCAGCACUCCCCACCAUGCCCAGGAAUCUUCCCAAGUUGAUGCAGUUUGUAGCUUCCUCCCUACUCUCUCCAACACCUGCAUGCAAAGACCACUGGGAGGCUGCUCCCUCCUUCCUGCCCAUGGCACCCUCCUCUGCUGUCUGCCUGGGAGCCCCAGGCUCUCUAGGCCCCACUUACAACUGACCAAAGUGGCCCCCUCUGGGGGUCCCCACCACACAAGUGUUUGUAAACUGGGCUGCUGCAAGGUUGGAGUUCCAGGGCUGGGCCCUGAUGGAGUCCCCUGGAAGUCCCAUUAUGGAUGUUGAAAUGGACAGGGAAGGACUCUGGAAGUCUCUUCCUCCUCCUCCUCUUCUCCCCACCCCUAGACCCUGGCUGACUUGGACAAUCUGCCAGGACAGAAGCUGGGUUUUCUGUCUAGGUCACCACUCCCAAUCCUGGGGAUUGGAGAGGCCUGGGGCUGUGGGAUGCCCCGUCCCUCUCCCCAUUUUGGUGGGGGUAGGGCCUGGUGGCACCUGUGCAAUAAUGUCUGUGUUUCUCUCUCACCUGCCACUGGAACUGGAGAAUGCACUUUAUUUUGGGGGGUGAGUGGGGGAAGACCCAACCCUCCUUUCUCGCUGCCCCUGACGCAUGCAUGGUCUCAUGAUGCUCCCUCCCUCUCCAGAGUGACAGGCACAUACAUGUGAACAGGCUAUCUCGGCCCUACACACUUGCCAUCCCCUACAGUGCAGAGGAAGAGUGAUGGUGGCAUGCUGGUGGUGGCAGGUGCUGGUGGGAGGACAGUGCCAACCUCCUCCUGGGGAUCCCAUGUUGGAGACUCUAAGGAUAAGGCUGGUGCUGCCCAGGGUGUCUACAGGACCUGCAGGUGUCUACCCCCAAGUCUUCCCUCCUCCCAAGCCAGGGGUGGCACAGGGCACUAGAUCCCUGGAGUUCAGGACCCAACACAAGCACAAGCACGGGCAUAAGUUGGCCUUGGCCACUGCCACCCAUGGCCCUCCUUUUGUGCUCCAUGCUGGCAUCUUCACUCCCCUACCCCUUCUCCAGCCACUGCUGCUCAUUCAAACUCCUGUCCAUGUCCCUUCACUGUUCCUAUCAGCAGGUGGCCCCUGGGCUUCAGAACAUCCUGCCCUGGGCACCAGGUGGCAGACACUCAGAGCAUGUCUGGCUUUCCUGGUGGGUCCAGGCUCAUUCUGCUUCUGAUUUCCCCUCCCCCAGGGCUCAUUUUCCCCCUUUUUCCUGUACACAUCCCUGUCUACCUCCUCUCACCCUGCCACAGAUUCUUCCUAUCACACAGAGAUGCCAGUUGUAUUUGUGGGAUUUCACCCAUUAUUAAUAAAACCUAUAUUUAUACAGUA